AUGAAGACUCCGCUUCUCCUCUUCUUUUUCUUACAUCUCCUUGGGCCUUCAGGAGCUGUGUAUAAACAAUGGAUCCCAAACACUAAUUUUGAAAACGCUUCCAACUGGGAUCAAGGCCGAGUCCCUUGUACCAACGAUGUGGUUGUUUUUGGGAGCAGCGAGGUGGUUUCAGUCUUCGUUCAGUCACCCCACUCCUUGACAGACAUGUACCUUCCACUGAAUGGAGAAUUCAUUAUGGCCCCUGGUGCUGGGUUUGCAGCUUUUGACGGUAAUUACGAACCAGGAUGUGAGACAGCAUCAGAAAUCAAAUUUGCCAGUUCAGGGAGUUACCAGUGGUAUGACCCCACACUGUGGCACGCUGCUGUCUCCUUGGAAGAUCUGGAGAGGGGCAAGUAUAUGUUCUCGGUGGAUGAAGAGCACGUCCCGUGCCAAUACGACGAUGUCCUCUUUCAGCCCGAAACAUCCUUCCGGGUGAACAUCGAGUCAUCCGAGCAAAUGAUACGUCUCCGGAGCAUUUCUCUAAUGGGUCAGAAGUUCACCGACGAUGACACGCUGGCAGAAUAUUUGCAGAGCCGUUCCGCCAAGCUGCAGUUCCACGGGCAAGGGGCACUCGGGCUGUCAAACGCCAGAUGCCCAGACAAAUCUGGCUGUGAAUGUGGAAACGCAGCUGACCAUCAUAGGAUCUGCGCUGCCUUGCUGGAGAAUUCUGAAGACCAGUGUCCGGUGCCCACAUGCAAGAACCCCCUGAAGCCAGUUGGCCACUGCUGUGAAAUUUGUGGAGCCAUCAUUUCCCUGGAAUACUCCACUGGUUUUGACAUAGAACAGUAUCGGAACAGAAUACUUCAUACUUUUCUGAGUUUGCCCAGGAAUGCAGGUGUUCAGAUGGCUAUAUCAAAGGUGCACGGACCUCACACUUUCCUGGGACUCUUAGCACGUAGCUCUGCAUCCCUCAUCCAGAUUGUGCUAAUGGAUAACAGGACCGGAUCCCAGAGUGGCAGUCAUGCUGAACAGCUGGCUGAGGGCAUCAUGAAUGAUAUCGCAAAAUACGGAGAGUCCUUCGGCAUCCUGAGAAGCUCCUUGCAAACCGCCACGGGCAAUAACUGGAGCGCUCAAGGAGUGGAACGCCAUAUUGGUGCUUCUACGGCUGGCAUGGUCAUCGGCUUGUUCCUUAUCCUCCUGCUGUCAGGAACUGUCCUGCUCCUCUACAGGAAAGGGAUAUUAAGAUCUUUCCCCUGUGUGCAUUUGCUGUCCCGGUGGAAACGGAUGAAUGACCUGGAUUCGUUGGGAGAAGCCAUGGACAAAGGCUUUGAUAAUCCCAUGUUCGACACGCCAUCUAGCCUUGCGGCUUUGGAUAGUGCGUGUUCCAGGGAGGAGACGCUGAAGGAGAUGGGGAGCAAAAACACCCAGGUUUAUUACAUCAAUCCUUUAUAUGAUGAAACGGAACUUAGAGCUUAA